AUGAGGACCACAGCCUCCCUCGCUGCAACUUGCUUGCUGGUUGGGCGGGCGGCUGCCGACUGGCAGUUCCGCUCCCGCACUGAUCUCGCCCCGCCCCGGCUGAACAUCAGCAUUCCGGCCACCAAGGACGCCGCAGAGGGAUACCUCUUUGUGGCCCCUUUCGCCGGGUUCCCCGACACGCCCACCGAGCAGCAUGGCCCUCGGCAGGCCGGCCCGUACAUCUUCCGCGAUGACGGUGACCUGAUCUGGUCCGGCUACGGCAUCUACAGCAUCUGGGCCACCAACUUCCAAGCUGCCCGCUGGAAGGGCAAGGACGUCUUAUUCAGCUUUGAGGGUGACCACAAUGCCGGCUAUGGCCACGGCCACGGCCACAUCACUAUCAUGGACCAGCACUACGAGACCAUCCGUGAGCUGCGCGCCGGAAACCACAAGCUGGUUGACAAGCACGAGUUCCACGUCAUCAACGAGGAAACCGGUCUCAUCCAGAUCUACCAGCCCGUCCCCCGCGACUUGAGCAAGUGGGGAGGCAGCCCCGAGCAGCAGUGGAUCGUCGACGCCAUCAUCCAAGAACUCGACAUCGCCACAGGCCGCCUCCUCUUCGAAUGGCACAGCCUCGACCACGUCACGCCCGCCGAAGCUGUGCUCCCGCUCAAUCCCGGCCAAGCCGGCUCGGGCUACAACUCGUCGGACGCGUGGGACUACUUCCACAUCAACAGCGUCGACAAGGACCGCGCGGGCAACUACAUUGUGUCUGCGCGCGACGCCUGUGCCGUGCACAAGAUCAACGGUACCACGGGCGAGAUCAUCUGGCGCCUCAACGGCAAGGCGUCGGAUUUUAAGAUGGGUGAGGGGAGCGAGUUCUGCUUUCAGCACCAUGCAAGGUGGUUGAAGGAGGAUGAGGGUGAUGGGGUCGAGGUCAUUAGCUUGUAUGACAACUCGGCGCAUGGCACGGAGCAUGGCGGUGGAAGGGAGGUGCAUACCGCCGAGAAUAGUAGCGGGAAGAUCCUGCGGCUGGACUCGAAUGCCUGGACUGCGGAGCUGGUGCAUGGGUAUUAUCCGCCUAAGGGGUACAAGUUGCUGUCGAAAAGCCAGGGCUCGACGCAGGUGCUCCCCGGUGGCAACGUGCUGGUUAACUGGGGGUCGGAGGGCGCUGUCACGGAGUAUACCGAGGAUGGCGAGGUGGUGUUCCACGCCGAGAUGGAUACCGGGGCGCUCAAUGACGGUGUUGAGAACUACCGGGCUUUCAAGUUCAACUGGACCGGGUUGCCCAGCGAGGAGCCCGCGGUGGUGGCCUUGGAGGGAGAGGAGGGGACGUCGGUCUACGUGAGCUGGAACGGCGACACUGAAACGGCGACGUGGCGGUUUUUUGAGGUGGUUGAUGGGCUCGGCUCGCGUUCCUUCCUCGGCGAGUCGCAGCGCAAGAGCUUUGAGACUAGGCUUGAUCUCCCCAAGGGCAAGAAGGUUGGCCGCGUUGCUGCUGAGGCGGUCGACAAGCAGGGCAGGGUGCUGCGGACGACGCGAGAGGUUGGCGUCGAGCCCGAGAUUCUCCCCGCUGGUGCCCACAAGACGAAGUCUAGUGGCUCCGGACAAUCGGUUAUUAAGACGCAGACGGGUCUGGACCUUGGCUCUUCUGCCGAGAGCCGCUGGGAGGAGUAUGCUAUUCUCAAGUUCUUCCGCCUCUCGAAGGACCUUUGA